AUGCUGUCACGAGUUGCUCUUCAGCAACGGCUGGCUACGCCUUGCGUGCGCGCCCGGAUAGGAGGACGGUUGAGGACGACGAGGACGACGGGUCACCAGCAGAAACGAUGGAUGACGCCUGCGCCCAAGCCUGGUGAUGGGCCUCUCAUGUCACGACGAGCAGAUCGUGCCUUGCCCGAGGUCGAACAGGUCAAUUUUAGAUGGGGUCGGACGCUACCCAUCUUCCUGGCCAUCGUGACGGUCUGCUCGGUCGCCAUCUUCAACUACCAAAAGUCCUCGUCUCCCGUCAUCGCAUCGACGCUGUACGCGCUGCGAACCGACCCGCGCGCCCGCGAGAUCCUCGGCGACGACAUCUACUUCAACAACCAGAUCCCCUUCAUACACGGCACCAUGAACCAGCUCCAGGGCCGCAUCGACGUCUGGUUCACCGUCAGGGGCACGCGCUCCACCGCCACCAUGCGCUUCUCCUCCCGCAGGCCCACGGCCAAGGGCAUGUUCGAGACGUCCGAGUGGAGCCUCACCACCGAGGACGGGAAAUGGAUCGACCUGCUCGACGGGGGGGAUCCGUUCAGGGCCAUUGGCGGUGGUGGUGAUGGCGUUGCCGGCGACGACGAUUUCGUCAUUGCCGUCGACGACGAGGCCCUGGUUGCCGCCGCCGCCGCCAGUCAGAGCACCCGCGGUUAUCGGCAGCCGAAUACCUCUUCUUCCAAGUAG